GUUGAACACGAGAGCAUUAGGACCACAAAACUCACGCAGUGUAGUCACUCGAUUCCUACAACAGCCCUGUACGCACAGUACGAACUUUCACAAACUUCUGAUCAACACUUGUGUCAUGUCUGCGAGGAGAGUGGUGCUUUUCGAUUUAGGGGGAGUUCUCAUGACCCCCGCCCCGCAACUCACGUUUCAGAAGUAUGAAGAAUCGCUCGGUAUCCCCAGAGGUUUCCUCCAGAAAACCAUAGUCAAUGGAGGGCCAGAGAAUCCAUUUUUUCGAGCCGAGAGGGGGCAGAUGACACUUUCUCAGUUUGUUCCAGAAUUUGAGGCAGAGUGUAAGAAGUCUGCCAGCAGCGAGGGAGUCAGCCUGCCCCCUCAGUUCUCUAUCCAGCGCCUGUUUGAGGAGGUUGUAGCAGCCUUGAAGAUCAACAAGCCCAUGCUAGAGGCGGCUGUGAGACUACGGGAUAGUGGUUUCAAGACGUGUGUCCUGACCAAUACUUGGGUGGACGACUCUGCCCAGAGGGAGGGCACUGCCCAGGCGCUCUGCUUCCUGAGUGGUCACUUCAGCCUGCUCAUUGAGUCCUGCCGGGCUGGGAUGAGGAAACCGGAUCCUGCCUUCUACUCCUUAGCGCUGGACAAACUCAACGCCAAACCACAGGAGGCAAUUUUUCUGGAUGAUAUUGGUGCAAAUCUGAAGGUGGCUCGAGAGCUGGGUAUGGCCACUAUUCUGGUUGGAGACACCACAGAGGCCCUGAAGGAGCUGCAGACUCUCUCUGGAGUUCAGCUCCUUGGCUGUGAAGCGGUUAUGCCUUCUUACUGUCGGCCCGAGGACGUUGCUCAUGGAUUUGUUUCAAUCAAGCCUGGAGUGAAAAUCCAUUAUGUGGAGAUGGGCGAUGGCCCACCCCUCUGCCUGUGCCAUGGGUUCCCUGAAAGUUGGUUCUCCUGGAGAUACCAGAUCCCUGCUCUCGCUGAUGCAGGUUUCAGAGUCCUGGCUCUGGAUAUGAAAGGCUUUGGUGAAUCUGCAGCGCCCCCUGACAUAGAGGAGUAUUCCCAGGAAGAAAUCUGCAAGGAUUUGGUGACCUUCCUGGAUAAAAUGGGCAUCCCCCAGGUAACCCUGAUUGGGCAUGACUGGGGCGGUUCGGUUGUGUGGAAUAUGGCACAGUGCUAUCCUGAAAGAGUCAGAGCUGUGGCUUCACUAAACACCCCCCUCUUCCCUGCCAAUCCUGAUGUGAACCCCAUGGAGAGAAUUAAGUCUGUCCCUAUCUUCGACUACCAGCUGUACUUUCAGAAACCAGGUGUGGCAGAGGCCGAAAUGGAAGAAAAUCUGGAGAGGACUUUCAAACUGAUGUUUGUUGGGAGCGGAGAUGAGGACCCAAAAAAUCCUUCCUUGAACACCGCUGGUGUCUGCAAAAGAGGUGGUCUGUUUGUGGGUAAGCUGCAGGACCCUCCGCGAAGCCGAAUCCUGAGCGAGUCGGCACUGCAAUACUACGUCCAGCAGUACAGCAAGACUGGCUUCAGGGGUCCACUGAACUGGUACAGGAACAUGGAAAAGAACUGGCGCUGGGCCUGUGCUACCCCAAGGGGAAAGAUUAUGGUGCCUGCUUUGAUGGUAACAGCAGGGAAGGAUCCAGUUCUGCUUCCAGUAUUUACAACCGGCAUGGAGAAUUUGCUUCCCAACCUAACAAGAGGACAUAUUGAGGAAUGUGGACACUGGACACAAAUGGAGAGGCCAGCGGAGCUCAAUAAAAUCCUCAUACAGUGGCUGAAGGACACCCACCAGAAGGCUUCAAUUCCAAUAAAGACGAAGCUGUGAGAGUGGACCUGCUUCAGUACCUGCAGCACGCUGUCUUUCAUGUAACGUGGUUGCCAUUGCAUAGCAGUCGGUCAAAUUUAAAUUGUGAGCUUGACCCUCUGAAGCUUUUUCUCUCUGCUGUUUUAAUUAAGCACAGGCUAUUGAAGCUCAUAGUAAAACAUAUAAUGACUCAAACUGGUCCAUUUUACUAUGACUUUUUAUUAAAAUUGUUAUUGUACUAAUUCUGAUCUAAUAGGCACUUUUUAGGGAAUGUUUUGGCAGAAAGAAACAUGCAAAUUAACAAUCCUGUGUUUGAUUUAAUACAUCAAGUUUCAGACCAACUUUGGUGAUGAGGUCUGGCCCUCGAUCCAUUCCAAUCUGGAUUUUUGUUUCCAUUGUGUACUUAAUUAGUUUAUUGACUGUUAGCAAUUUAACAAUAACUAAUUUAGGACCUGCUUGGAAUAAAGACCUGGAAUGGGCCAGAGACGUGCACCACUGCACUAUAGUUAAAGUGAUUGUUGCUAUUCCCUAAAUCUUACCAAUUUUGCAUUUCUAUUAAUUACUCCUUUGACUUGGGAUGGGUGGGCUAAUGCCACAAUACUAUAAGUCCACUUCCUGUCCAAUAGGUAUUAUGAACCCCCAUUUUCCCCAGAAGUGAUUUACUGGUUAUACAGGUGGCAUCAUGUAGGGUCCUGAAACCAACUGCACAGGAAGUGAAUAUAGUUUGGUGAGCUUCACCAAAGUCAAAGGAAAACAACAGUAUGCGUCUUUCGCUUGCCUUUAAUUUUAAUUGUUUAUAUUACUCUUUGAACAGAUUUGAAUAAAAACAAAUUUGCUACAA